UGGCCCAUGCUGACGCCUGCUCUUUGUUUAGGCUGGUGACAAAGACCCCCACCCUGGGGAGUCUCCCCAGAGCCCCCUGGGUGGUGGGGGGAGACGGGUCUGCCUGCCUCCCUCGGCACAAGCACAGGCGAGGCUGCUUCUAGGCCCAAAGCCGCAGUGCCAGAUCUCAGAGCGACUCUCUGUGUCACUGCCUGGGGGCUUAAUGGAUGGUGGAGGGAAAGACAGGGAAGAUGGCAGGAAAAAUUUAAGGAGGGAGGAGGGGAAGCAUGCAUCUGGGACCCACGUGGCCAGCGCCCCCUCACCUUCUCUCCCGGUCCUCCCUGCAGCCAAGUACCCGGCCAUCAAGGCCCUGAUGCGGCCGGACCCUCAUCUCAAGUGGCUGGUGCUGGGGAUGGUGCUGGCGCAGCUGCUGGCCUGCUGGCUGGUGCGGGGCCUGGCGUGGCGCUGGCUGCUCUUCUGGGCCUACGCCUUCGGGGGCUGCGUGAACCACUCGCUGACGCUGGCCAUCCAUGACAUCUCGCACAACACGGCCUUCGGCACUGGCCACCCUGCCCACAACCGCUGGUUCGCCGUCUUCGCCAACCUGCCCUUGGGUGUGCCCUACGCCUCCUCCUUCAAGAAGUACCACGUGGAUCACCACCGCUACCUGGGCGGCGACGGGCUGGACGUGGACGUGCCCACGCGCCUCGAGGGCUGGCUCUUCUGCACGCCGGCCCGCAAGCUGCUCUGGCUGGCGCUGCAGCCCUUCUUCUACUCGCUGCGGCCGCUCUGCGUGCACCCCAAGGCCAUGACCCGCAUGGAGGUGUUCAAUGCCCUGGCGCAGCUGGCGGCCAACGCCACCAUCUUCACCCUCUGGGGGCUCAAGCCCAUGGUCUACCUGCUGGCCAGCUCCCUACUGGGCCUGGGCCUGCACCCCAUCUCCGGCCACUUUGUGGCUGAGCACUACAUGUUUCUCAAGGGCCAUGAGACCUACUCCUACUAUGGGCCCCUCAACUGGAUCACCUUCAACGUGGGCUACCACAUGGAGCAUCACGACUUCCCCAGCAUCCCGGGCUGCAACCUGCCCCUGGUGCGGAAGAUCGCGCCCGAGUACUACGACCACCUGCCCCAGCACUACUCGUGGGUGAAGGUGCUCUGGGACUUUGUGUCCGAGGACUCCCUGGGGCCCUACGCCAGGGUGAAGCGGGUGUGCAAGCUGGCGAAGGACGGCCUGUGAGCCCGACGGCCGGCGCCCCGAGAGCACGGACCCUGCUGCGCGCGCCUCAGUGCCCGGUGGGAGCAGGGCCUGUGCUCUCUGUUUGCUGCCCGGCCUCGCCCCGCCCACCUGCAGGGCUGGCCGUCACCUGUCCCCAGGGCGUACAGUGCCCAGAACUGGUUUGGCUGCAUUUGGUUCCCGCACCCUAGGCUGCUGUUCUUGUCCCCCUGGAGUCCCGAGACCACGCCUGGAGACAGCGGGCACGGGUGGCAGCCUGGAGAGGCUUGGUCUGCACGGGGACUGGUGACCGCAGGCCGGGCCCUCCCUUUCAGGACGUCAUGUGCGAGGCCUGGCCCGGCGCUGGGUGCCCUGUGCCCAGGGAGCUGAUUUCUCUGGCGUGCCCAUGCCCUAAAUUUAAAGCAGCCUGUUUUCAAGUCCACAGAGGGUGCUUCCCAGGAGUGGGCUCGGCUCCUGGCCAGCAGGGCCUGAGGCCACGCUCCUCCCUCUGGGGCAGCCUUCCCCGGGGACCCUGUCAUUGAGUGGCCGGUUUUGGGGGUGUGGGCAGAGAUGAGAUGCACGUGGUCCUCGGGCCACGUCCCUGCUCCCGCCACAACCCUGCCCCCAACCCCCGCGCCUGCCGAGCUCCUGCUGCACCUUGGGGCCCUCACCCCCACCAGCUCAGAUGUGGGGCUUGAGGAGAACAGGUACCACAGGCCGCUGGACCGACGCGUGACUGCCCAAGUGAGCUAGGGCUCUGGCGGAAGCUGGCUGGUGUCCUCGGUGUCUCUGCGAAGCGGGAUGCGGCUCGUCCAGACUGUGCGGAGGGCUAAUGGCCCAGCUGAGAGGUGGGGAGGCAUCGCUGGCGCCAGCUCCUUGGCCCGGGGGCUGUGUCGGGGUGUGGGUCCUGGUCUUCCAGAGGCAGGCGGGCAGCAGGAGGGAUGCCUGGGCGAGGCCCUCCCUGCCAGAGGAAGCGGCUGGGCCAAGACGGCCUCCCUUUGGAGCCGUGAGGCUGGGGAGGCCGAGGACCAUGGCCUAGGGGUGGGCACGGCGGGGCUGCCUUAGCUGGCCCGGGAGAGAGAGGGCUGGUAGGAAGGCCCAGCUGGGAGGGGAGGAAGGUCUCAGGUGCCUGAGACAGGGCAGUUGCUACGCAAAGGCUUCCUGCUCAGGGCUGGGAGUGGCCUCGCGUGUGCCAGGCACCCCUGUCCCCGGGUGUUCUGACCACUGAGAUGGCCCGGGGAAGAGGCCCUUGGACUGGCUGUGGGAGGGCAAUGCGGCUCUGAGCCUGGACAGGCGGCCCCUCCUUGUGCACACACGCUGGCCUGGGCCCAGGGGAGCCCCAGAGAGCCCAGCUGAGCCUCGCGAGCUCUCCGUGUCCGCCAGCGAGCUUAUCUGCCGACGGGACGGUCACGGCUGGGCCUCACCCAGAGCCGAAGGUGGGCCCAGGGCAGGGGUCUGGCACAACUCUCUCGAGAGGCAGCUGCCCGGGAAGAGGGGAGCACCCCCUCGCCACCUGCCAGGACUCUCUCCCCGAGGCCCCGAGGCGACAGGGUUCCUGGACGGCGGGAGGCAGAAGGAGCCCGGGAGAGCCGCUCAUGGAGCUGUGUGUGGGUUAAAGCCGCUCACCUCCCAACCAGCAGAACAGCCCUGUUCCUGUGUCCCAGGGUCGCUGGGAGCACUCGGUGAGACGGUGUGUCCAGAGCCUGGCCAGAAAACAGUCCCGCUGUCACGAGCCAGACUGGGGGCCCUCCUCCCGUGGCCCCCAGAGGACGGCUGGGCCAGCGCCUGGGCACACUGUGCCAUGGCGCCUGUGUGAUAGUCAAAGGAGGCCAAAGCCUCUCCACUGGCUGGGGCGCCCGCGUGAUAGUCAAAGGAGGCCAAAGCCUCUCCACCGGCUGGGGCGCCCGCGUGAUAGUCAAAGGAGGCCAAAGCCUCUCCACUGGCUGGGGCCUCCCUCACUCCUGGCUCAGGGGCAGCAGUCGCCAAGGCGGACAGCCAGACCCUCUCUGGCUCCAACGGGGGCCUUGCGCGGUCUGAGAAGUGCUGGGAAGUGCCUCAGGUGGGCACCCGGGCUGCCCCUCCUGCCACGGAGGCGGGGACCUGUGCUCCUCCCUGGGGGCUGCAGGAGACUCGUGGGGCAGGGCCGAGGCCUUCCCUGCCCGCCUUGCUGGGCCCGAGUCACGGGGCGCCCCUCUGCGCGGCGGGGAGGUUAAGCUGGUGCCUCCUCCCGGCCCUGCUGAUGUUCCAGGCGCCACUCAGAGCCCGUCUCCCUGGAGGAGGCCCCGGGGGGAGGCUCCUGGGCCCCCCGCC